UUAAGUGAUUUUCUAGCAUGGACACUGUUGCUAGCCAUAGUUGUCAUCUUCUCCAGCAGUUACAUGAGCAGCGCAUUCAGGGUCUCCUCUGUGACUGCAUGCUGGUGGUAAAAGGUGUCUGCUUCAAAGCACACAAAAACGUAUUAGCUGCUUUCAGUCAGUAUUUCAGGACCCUUUUCCAGAAUUCUUCAGGCCAGAAGAAUGAUGUCUUUCACUUGGACAUUAAAAACGUAGGUGGCAUAGGCCAGAUUUUGGACUUCAUGUACACCUCUCACCUGGACCUCAGCCAGGACAAUGUGCAAACUAUGUUGGAUAUUGCACAGUGUCUCCAAGUGCAAAAUGUGCUGAACAUUUGCCACACCUUUCUGAAAUCCUCCCCAGCAGUGGAGCAGGCAGCCAGCAUGCCCUGUGGUAGCGUGUUUUCACUGCAGGGUGCCUUGGCUGCAGAUCCCAGCUGUGCCAGUGAUGGCUAUGGAGCAAACCUCCUGCACGAGUGCCCAUCUGACACACAAGCUGCUAAAGUCGUGGCUGACCACCAACCUCAUGCAUCACAGCCUGUUAAUCUUCACCCACCCUCAGGUGAUGUACAGAAACAGCCACAAGACUCCUUAGAUGGCAGCUGCACAGAGCUGCCAUUUAAACAACCAAGUUACUAUUACAAACUACGCAACUUUUACAGUAAGCAGUUCUAUAAGCAGAAUGCUUGCUCUAAUCACGAGAGAGGAGCAGAACAACCCUUUUCUUACAGCACGUCUACAGAAGUAAAUGCAGUAGAGAAUAAUUCUUGUACUGUCAAUCACUCUGAGUGUAUUCUGGAAACCUCUGAUCACUUACCGUCAAACUUUCUGGUUCCGUCUGUGAAUGAAGCUGCUCCAGACCAAGAUGCAGAAGGCACAGUUAUGCAGCCCACCAAACAGAUGCGCCUGAAAAAGGCAAUGCAUCUCAAAAAGUUAAAUUUUCUAAGAUCUCAGAAAUCUGCAGAGCAGGCACCUGAGCCUAAAAGAGACAACAGUGGAAUAACAGGAGUAAUUGAGUCUGUAAAUGAAAGUACCAUGGAUGUGACGAAUGUUAGAGUUACAGAUGAAAAGGAAGCUGAAGAUGUAGUGAAUUCUGAGAAUUUUGAACAAACUGUUGACAUUGAAAGAUCUCAAGGUCCUUUGGAACAAGAAGGGCAGUCACAGACUCUUCAGUCGCAGAGGCAAUAUACUUGUGAAUUAUGUGGGAAGGCUUUCAAACAUCCAAGCAAUUUGGAGCUCCAUAAAAGGUCUCAUACAGGUGAGAAACCUUUUGAAUGUAACAUUUGUGGGAAACACUUCUCACAGGCAGGCAAUCUCCAGACACAUUUACGUCGACAUUCUGGAGAAAAACCAUACAUUUGUGAAAUCUGUGGGAAAAGAUUUGCUGCUUCUGGUGAUGUUCAGCGUCAUAUUAUCAUUCAUUCUGGAGAAAAGCCUCAUCUGUGUGAUAUCUGUGGCAGAGGAUUCAGCAACUUCAGUAAUUUAAAGGAGCACAAAAAGACCCAUACAGCAGAUAAAGUAUUCACCUGUGAUGAAUGUGGGAAGUCAUUCAACAUGCAACGAAAAUUAGUGAAGCACAGAAUUAGGCAUACUGGAGAGAGACCAUACAGCUGUUCAGCAUGUGGGAAAUGCUUUGCAGGCUCUGGUGACCUGCGUAGACACGUGAGAACUCAUACAGGAGAGAAGCCCUAUACCUGUGACACGUGCAACAAGUGCUUCACGCGCUCGGCGGUGCUGCGGCGGCACAGGAAGAUGCACUGCAAAGCCAGCGAGGAGCCUCCGCACACACCGCGGGACUUUACUCAAGGGCUUGAAACGUCUGACCUUGACAAGUCUCAGACUUGUGACUCUUUUGGCCAAGAAAUGCCCGUUACCUUGUUACCAGUGUCUGUUAAGUUUCCCAUUCGUCCAGCUGCAAAUUCAACUGAACUUGAUAGUUCUGUGGAUUCUUACUGCAAGUUGCAAUCCAUGACUCAGCACCACGAUGGAGCAAGCCAACAGAAGCUGCAUGUGGACUCUGCUAAACUCCCAAAAACUCAGACACAGCAAACUCCUCCACCACCGCAAUAUGCUUAUGCAGAUGUAGAUGUGUCCUCUGCAGAAGAGCCCUUACAGUCUGAUAAUGUUCCCAUGAUUCGCUCCUCCGUGGAUGGCUUGGACAAUCACUGUAAUGAUCCAUUAGGCAGCCGAACAUCAUCUGCUGCAUACAAGAACAAUGAAGGACCAUUCUUCUCCAGCAUGACCCUCUGGGGUUUAGCUAUGAAGACCUUGCAGAAUGAAAGUGAAUUGGAACAAUGA